AUGCGAGACAUAAUUGUAAUACCGGGCGCGGAAACGCGGCUGUGGGUGGUGUCGCUGCUGUUGUCACUGAUGUUAUGGCUGAGUUCGGGCGUGGACGCGGAACCGCAUGCCCUGCCCAACCUCGACACCCUGUAUCGAAUGUCACAACAGUCCAGAGGGGUCGGGUUGUUAAAGAUGUGUCCGCCGGGCGGCGAGGCCUUCACCAGUGCAUGGCAAAUGACCUGCGGCAUGCGACGGAAACGAAGCGCGCCACAAGAGAUGCCACAACAACAGGAAGGUAGCCGAGGUGAGGGGAAUUCUUGAUCAACUUGAACUUUUAUGCUAUUAAAAGCAGCUAAACACAUUUAACAAGCCCGAGGCUAACUUGACAAAAAUGAAUUUUAGGCCAUAUUGUAAAAACUAUAUUUUUUGAACUUUCAGUGCUAGAUUUUAGCAAUUCAAUUGAGACUAAAACGUUCGAAGUACUUUGAAUCAAAACUAAAAUAAACGGUAUCCUUUGUCGGAUAAUACCUUUGCACUUGUAGUUUCUAUGUCUGACAGUAAACGAACUAAUGUGAGACCAGGAAGUACACUAACAAUCUAAUUUCCUCCAAAAAUACAAACCUAUCCCCAUUCCAAAACAUGAUGUAUAUAAACCAAUAUGACGCUAAAAGCGUCGUCUGACGCCCUUCUCAAGACUCAAAGAUCUUAUUUUCAGCCAAACGAGAUUAUCGACCGCUCAGCCUAACGGAAAUGAUGCAAUUCUGUUGUCAGUUCAGCUGCUCGUUUCGCGACUUGAUGCCUUACUGUGACCCGUUCGGCCAAUGGGACUCCUGA